AUGUUCAAGAAAUUACUACGCCGAAGAGACGACGAAGGAGUUACCCCCUUGCCGACCUCUGUGGCCGCCUGCUCUGGACCGGGCAGUUUCCUCGGCAACGGUGGCUGCACUUUUUGCCACUUCAUUAGGAAAGAUCCAGAAACCGGGCGAUUUGAAUGCCUCGACAAGGGUUGUCCCCCAUCCCACUAUGGACGCCCCACGCAUCUGAGUGAGCUGAAGAUAGCCCACGUGAAUCUGUCUCCGGAUAACCUAAACGCCGCCACGCUGGACAUUCGGGAGUGUGCUCCCUGCCACCCGCUGUGUGAGGUCUGUGAGGGUCCGAGCACGCAUGAGAGCGUCUGUCUCAAAUGUCGCAGGUGGAUCUACAAGGGGGAAUGCGUUGAAACCUGUCCAUCAGACGAUACCUACAUGCCCAACGAAACCGCAAUCCUGAACGAGGAGGAAAUGGCCGCUCUCAAGGCCAAACAGUGUCUCCUCUGUCAUCGCCAGUGUGCCGGAGGCUGUUACGCCUCAGGUCCCGAAGACUGUGUCAACUGCCGUUUCCGCAAAAUCCUCAUAGAUGAAGGAUCCAACAAGGUUGGUUUUUGUCGAUUAAAGUGUAAAUACGAGUUCCCGAAAUUAACUGAAAAGGAGAAGAUACUGUUGCAAACGUUGUCAAAGCCGCGAUGUCACCGUCUAAUUACGCCUUCUGGGAGUCCUCAAGGAAGAACACAACAAAAAGAGCCUAUAAACAGAAGUAUUUUAGCUUACUAA